AUGCAGGACUUGGCUGAGAAGUUCUUCCGCCGCCCGCGUGAUGAGCGCUGCGCUCUUGGCCGACUGCGGCUUUACCGAGACAAGGUUGUUGGCUACCGAGAGCUUGCUGGCGGUGCCGCACGUUUCCUGGAGGUCCAUGCUGUUGCCGGUCUCGGCCGCACAGUCCCUGCACCGCAGGUCCCAGGCCGCCUGAGUCAAGAGGCUGCGGAACUGCACCAAGCUCUGCAGGGCAUGGCAAGGUCCAUGCUGACCUGGAUGGCUGAUCACAUUGGUGUGCCUCCAGAAGCUUUGCUUCAGAGUCUCGAUGAAGCUUCGCUGGAGAAUCUCGAGGAUGGUGAUUGCAGUGCCUCUGUCCUGCGUCUCUGUAGUUAUGGUUUCGAGGCCGAGGCCCAUGCAGAUGCUUCGGAGGUCGAGCUAUGGCCAGUUGUCUUUGACGAGCACACUGACGCUUCCUUCCUCACCCUGGCGUGCGUGCCUGCCAGUCAGCUCAAUUCCCGGGCUGCAGUUUCGGGACUUGCUACACCAGGAUCCACUGGGGCCUCCUUGGCUUAA